UGAAACUAUCAGAGAGGGAUUAUCUUUAAUUUAUUAUUAUUUCAGGUUUAGAUUAUAUCUACCUGAAAGUGCCAAACACACAUUUCACCUUAACGCACUAAGCUAAAUCUUGUCCUUGACUCCUAUCCUGCUAACACCCUUAGUGCCCUGUACAUACCUUUAUAGUUAGUAUACAUACUCCUUACAACACUACUAAUAGUGCCAGGGACUACCCAUUUAGGACGAUCUUACUCUUGUGGGAACAAUAUUUAACAGAUUAGAGAAUUCUCAUUCUAAAGUGACGCGUGGAGCAGGUAGCUUUAGUAUAUUUUACCAGUAACUAUACACUCAGAUUGAGCGAAAACUGGUAUAAUAUUGUGAACUAUUAUUAAAAUUAAAACAGGAUGAUGAAGUUAGUCAUACUAACCUUAUGGAUGUGGUUGGCUUUGGUUGAGGGCGGUGUGGUUUAUAAAAAUGUUGUGGGUAAUAUUUUGGAAAGUAAGAGAGGUGAAGUUGGAAAUACAGAGUUUGCAUUACAGAAAAGAGGAGGGGCAGCCUACAUUGUUGGAGGUGCGUGUAUUGGGGCAGGUUUGAUGUUAAAUGUAGUGGCAUUUACGCGUAAGAGAGAGGACGACCUGAGUGAUGAUAAGUUUGCUAUUUCAGUAGAAGAGAUCCGAGUCGCAUAUGGAGAUCACUAUUUCAACGUAACGUUGGGCGCAGACGUGUAUAAGGUAACGCCAAUUACUAAUAACAAAAACAAUGUACUUGAAGGUGCACCUAUAGUAUCAGGAAAUGAUAUUCCUGAAGAGUUAAUGAAAUACUUAGACGAUGGUCAGGAUUAUGCGAUCACUAGCUAUCGAGAAAACAAUAUUGGUGAGCUCGACAAGAGGGUCGAUAUCUUGUUGGGAUUUGCAGGUGCAGCAUUAGUGGCCGCAGGAAUGUAUAUAUACUAUUUGAAUUCUGCAAGGAAGUGGCAUGAGUUAGACUCACCAGCGUAUGAGUGAAUAAUCAAUAUGGGUCGUUGAGUGUGAUGUAACACAGCCCGACUUUUGGGAACAGAAAAUUACACUUGUAAGUCCCACGACUAUUUCUAAGGAGACGAGCGUAACGUCUCCUGAACAAUGGGGUUACUGGUUGUCAAGGAACCCCCAAACUUUAUUUUGUUGUCCAUUUCUAUGGAACCGCACUCAUAUUCCACUAUGAGGUGCGCCCCCCUCUCUUUUCUCUACAAUGGUGACUUGUUCACCAAGUUAUUUAAUUAAUACUACUGUUUCCUAUUUUA